AGGUCAUUAAUGCCGUGUUUCCUCCUAACCCAACUAACUCCAAAGUCUUCUUUCCCACGUAGCUAGUAAACCAGCCAUUUUAGACUCAGUUGUAUAGUGUGUGCAAAGUAAAUAUUCUUUUCUGGACCCAAAAUCGAACCUUCUAUACACCUCGUGACUCGCUUCUGACUCACCACCGACUCACUCACUCAUUCCCUCCCUCCUUCGAAUUUUCUCGAACCUACCACAAAACUCUCUCUCAACGCCCAAUAAAUCAACCGACAACAUUCCUUCUCGCUUCCCAACGGAACCAAACAACUCCUUAACACAAUUCAAUUCUUCAUUUCCGCAUUUUCACAAACACGUUCCCUGCAAUGGCCGAAGACGGCACCGUAACUCUCUACAACACCACCGUCAUCACUGAUCCGAAGCACAACCCGUACUCCUUCAAGGUCGGAGUCGCCCAGACUCUUCGCGGCGGAGCCAUUCUCCAUGUCUCCACCGUCGAACAAGCCAAGAUCGCCGAACGAGCUGGCGCAUGCGCCGUCGUUGUGUCCGAGUCGCCGUCGAGAGGUGCCGGUGGCAUUCUCCGCAUGACGGAUCCUUCGCUCGUCAAGGACAUCAAGCGCGCCGUCUCGAUCCCUGUCCUCGCUCGUGCUCGCGUCUGCCAUUUCGUCGAGGCUCAGAUCCUUGAAGCCCUUGGCGUUGAUUACGUUGACGAGAGCGAAGCUCUCGCCGUCGCCGAUGAGCAAAACCACAUCAACAAGCACAAUUUCAGGUGCCCUUUUAUUUGCGGUGCACGGAACCUGGGAGAAGCAUUGAGGAGGGUGAGGGAGGGCGCAGCAAUGGUGAGGACUCAAGGGGAUUUGACAGGUUCUGGGAAUGUUGCAGAGGUUGUGAAGAACGUGAGGUCUGUGAUGGGGGACAUAAGGAUUCUUACUAACAUGGAUGACGACGAGGUUUUUGCAUUCUCGAAGAAGAUUGAGGCACCUUACGACCUUGUGGCGCAGACAAAGCAGAUGGGUAGGCUUCCAGUGGUGCAUUUCGCAGCUGGAGGGAUUGUGACCCCUGCAGAUGCAGCAUUGAUGAUGCAGCUGGGUUGUGAUGGGGUGUUUGUAGGGUCUGAGAUUUUCCAAUUUGAGGAUCCUUACAAGAGAGUUAGGGGGAUAGUUCAGGCUGUUAGGCACUACAAUGAUCUUCAUGUGUUGGUUGAGACUAGCUGUGGCUUGACUCGGGCUAUGGCUGAUCUUAAUCUUAAUGGAGACAGGAUUGAGGAUUGAGCCAUUUGAUUGAUGGUGCCUAAUGAUUGAAUCCGUGUAUUGAAAUGUAUCGUUCACUUUUUUCUGGUAUAGAACUAUAGAUAUAAAUUUGUAUCAAUGAUGAGAACUAUGUAACAGCAGUUAAGCGUAUAUCAUAUAUAAUCAUUUAGGUCUAUUUUGUCAU